GCUGGUCUUAAUAUAUAUACUACUACGUUGUGUUUAACGUUGAGACAUCACAUUUGGCUAUCUAUAAAACAUUCUUCACCAUGGCAAAAAAAAUUAAUGAGCCCAUCAAUGCUAUUCACCAUGAGAAAACCGAUGAAAACGAGGCUCCGACUCAAGUCAUAGGGAUAGCCAAUGCAUUCGACCAGGCCAUGACACAAGAACCGCCCCAUAUCUUUGAAAGGGGCCAGAUAAUGACCAUUGUAGUCUCACUUGUCGGCUUCUGCUGCUCCACAGCCGCCGGCUACGACGCCUCCUUGAUCAACAAUCUCUUUCAAAACCCGUGGUUCAGAGAGACCUACAAUGUUGAGAGCUCGGGUAUCUGGGCUGGUAUUGUGGCUUCUAUGAUGCAAGUGGGUGGCGUUGCUGCCAUGCCAUUUAUCGGCCCUACAAUGGACUACUUUGGACGUCGAAGUGGUCUCUUUCUUGGAGCACUCUCCAUCAUCAUAGGCACAAUCAUCCAAGGUACUUCUACGACUGCUGGUCAGUUCAUGGGUGGCCGCUUCUUCAUUGGGUUUGGAGUCAUCAUGAAUGGUGCCAGUGGGCCAAUAUACGUACUCGAGAUCAAUCACCCAGCUUAUCGCUCAGUAAUGGGCGCGUUAUACAACACUCUGUACUUCUCUGGGGCCAUUAUCGCUGCUGGUGCCGCGCGUGGUGGUCUUGACAUCGGUGGAAAUGCUUCGUGGCGUAUUAUUACCUGGCUUCAAUGUCUCUUUGCUGGAAUUAUUAUUGUUUCGUCUCCUUGGAUUCCCGAAUCUCCUCGAUGGCCCUACGUUCAUAACAAGAGAGAAAAAGCACUCGCCGUUCUUGCCAAGUAUCACGGAAGGGGAAACCCUGAGUCACCUUGGGUCAAGCUCCAGCUUCAAGAGUACGAAGAAUUUCUUAACUUGGAUGGCAGUGACAAGAGAUGGUGGGACUACCGCGCCUUGUUUCAUACUCGUGCCUCUGUUUCAGUCGCUGCUCAAUGGGCUGGUAAUUCCGUUCUUUCUUACUUUCUGGGCGCUGUCCUGGAGACGGCCGGUUACAGCGAUCCAAUUCAACAAGCAAACAUUACCCUGAUUAACAACUGCCAACAGUGGGCUUUCGCAAUUCUCGGAGCAUGCUAUGUCGAGCGAGUUGGUCGUCGGCCUCUACUUAUGUUUUCCUUUGGUGGCUGUAGUAUAACUUGGGCAGGCAUGGCGAUUGCUUCUUCUGAGUUUGCCAAAUCUGGCAGUGGACUCAAUCCAGAUGGUUCUCCUUCAGUUGGUACUAGCGUUGCUGCAUCCAAGGCAUCGCUCGGUCUGAUCUUUAUUUUUGGCUCGAUUUUCUCCAUCGGGAUCACGCCUCUCCAGAGCCUUUAUCCCAUGGAGGCGCUCUCUUAUGAAAUGCGAGCAAAGGGGUCAGCACUCUCCACUCUAGUUAUCAGCGCCGCGAUGCUUCUCAACCAGUUUGCUUGGCCCGUUGCAAUACGCAACAUUACCUGGAAGACGUACAUCAUUUUUGCGGUCUGGAACAUGGUGCAAGCGGCCACUAUCUUUUUCUUCAUUCUUGAGACCAAAAAUCGAACUGUAAGUAAGAUUUGCUUCGAGAUUUAA